UCAUUCUCCUUUGGAGCACUAGAGUUUUAUUUUGGAUGCACUGCCUGAUUUGCAUUAGGAGGUUGAAAAUUUUCAGGCUUUUAGUGUUUGGUGAUUAUAUGCUUCUUUUAUGUGCACCAGAAGAUACCAUUAAGGGUUGUGGAGAUUUGUUGGUGCCAGGAGAUGUAGGAGUUAUUCGUUCUUCUGAAGGUGUUGCCCCAUUGUUUCAAACUGGAAGCUCUGGUAGCUCAAAUCUAUUUAAGUUGCCAGCUGCUGCAGUCCUUGCAACUUUUGACAGUGAUUUUGCUUACAACUAUCUUAGUGGUACAAUACCAAAGGAAUGGGCUUCAAGCUUGCAGUGAUUUUGCUUACAACUAUCUUGGGAGAUGGAGCAAAUUGUAUUCUUUUUUAUUAUCAUGUAAAGCUCAUGAAACUUGAAAGCCUGUUAAGCUAAUGAAAUAGAUAUAGGCACUUGGGCAAGGUUAAUUCCUGUGUAAAUGUUGGGAUGAAUACCGCUGAUGGAAUGAAA